CCUCCCAUGGUAUCAGUAGCGCACAGCUCAGCCCACAGUGUCCCCAUCAGCAGACCAUCUGACCACCGAGGUGAGCUGGUUAGGUUGCAUGGGGGGCAGCCUCCACCUCAGCACCCGGGCCCUGCCCUAGGCCCAGGUGGCUACCCUGUGUACCAGAUGGUGUCGCCUCCAGUGCCCGGCCCUCAUCACUCGCCCGUGCCGCCUCUUAACCAGCCUCAUCCUCCCCCUCAUGCUCAAGUGAUGCGGCGGGACAUGGUUGAAUCUGGUCGCGGAGCGCCCAGCUCAUUGGAGAAGAGAUGACAUAGAGACUCUUGGGCUAGAUCCAGAAGAUAACAACUGGAGAGAAAAGCUUUGAAGGUUGGCUAGCCCCAGGGCCUUGGCACUGAGGCAUAGGGUCAGACCUCUGCUAGUGCGUAUCCCUGUAGCCCCCUCACUGUGCCACCCCUGCAAAUCCCGUGAUGCUGUAAUGGGAACCAAGGCAGGGUUAGGCAGGCCUUUCCAUGAUCAGGGAAGGCCUCCAGAAUAGGUCAGAAAGCAUGGCCAUAGACUUACUUGACUGUAGUGUGCUUCCACAGUUCACAAAACUCCAGGGAGAAAAAUCCAUAGGACGGUUCUUCCAAUCCACUGUGGACCUACACAGUCAAUUUAAGAAAGAAAAAAGGAAAAAAGAAAAAAAAGGAAUAAAAAUAGGAAGAAAAAA